AUGCCCAGCGUUCCACUUCAUCCUCCCUCUGCGGCAUCGGAGGCUGCGUCUGGCCUCGAAAACCCGCUGCCACAACUCCUGCAAACGCCCUCGGGCCUUGCAAUGCUCGAAAUCCAAGGCACCAUUCACUCGUCCGCCACACAACCCGAACCUGAUGCUCCCUCAGCUUCCGACGCCCACAUGGCUGUUGGCAGGCUCGUCUUUCCCAACUACUCGCCCAGCGACCCGCCCGAGAACAAGGCCUGGAUGAAGCGCGUCCACAUGUACGUCGGCAAGCACCAGCGUAUGACGGGCGAGGUCAAGGAGCUCCCCAAGCCUGUGGCUGUCAUUCAGCGGAAGCCUGGCACAAGUGAGGAAGACGGACAAGAAGAAUUGGAGAUUGUGGACAUCAUCCGGCACAAGAUCAUCUUCUCCUCUCGGCCCGAGCCCGUGAGCGCCAGCUAA